UUUUGUACUGAAAAAAUGUGGACGAAGGUGCUUCUUGUUUUGAGCUUUUCUCUGUGCGCUAUGGUGGAUUCUUCAGCUUGGUCGCUGAGUAACAUCAUGCUAUCUGGCUCGAAAGCCAACGAUGUCUUCACCGAAAGUGUGCUAAUCGGCGCCGAGCGAGGCAUGGAGGAGUGCAAGCAUCAAUUCCAGUGGGACCGCUGGGGAUGUCCUCGGUCGAGUUUCAAUAUGUUUUCGAAAUCAAGCAAGCAGCCAGCUACGAAAGAGAUGGCUUUUCUGCACGCCAUGAUCAGUUCCUCCAUUGUUAUCACCGUGACCAAGAACUGCAGCUUGGGCCAUUUCAAAUCUUGUGGAUGCGACGAAUCCAAAAAGGGUGGGUUCGAUUACAAAGGCUGGCACUGGGGUGGUUGUAGCGACCAUGUGAAGAUGGGAAACAAAAUGGCUAAACUGUAUUUGGACAACAAAGAGAACGGGAGGGACUUAAAAGCUCUCAUUAACUUGCAUAAUUACAGAGUUGGUAGAUUGGCAGUGAAAAGAUCAAUGACAAAGACGUGCAAAUGCCACGGCGUCUCAGGCAGCUGCGAAAUACAGACGUGCUGGAUGAGGACUCGAGGAAUCCGCGAGGUGGGAGACAUUCUGAAAGAUGCCUAUCACAAAGCGCAGUUGUUUUCGACUAACAUCAAUGGCUUCAACUUGCCACUGAAGAUCCAGAAGCGCAAAAUGGACAAUAGAAUCCCUCACCAACAGGUGCACGAGAGAUUGAAGAUACCCAAACAGCAAUUGGCUUACCUAGAGCAUUCCCCAAAUUACUGCGUCGCCAAUGCAUCUUUAGGAGUGCCGGGAACGAGGGGCCGAAUGUGCUCCAGGAUGGUUGGUAAAAAUGUCACAAAAGCUGAGAGACAGAGCUGCAGGAAUUUGUGUCGAGUAUGCGGCUACAAAGUUCAGAUGAAGACUGAAACUCGCACUGAAAGAUGCUCGUGCAAGUUCACUUUCUGUUGCCAAGUAAGCUGCAAGACAUGUGAUAUUCAGCACAUACACCACAUGUGUGAUUGA